AUCACACUUCCUUCUGCUCUGCUAAUUUGUGCUGGGGCUGGUGGUGGUGCUCACAUCAUUCCCAGUGGAAGGAAUUCAGGAAGUUCAGAUUCCUUUUUAGAAGAAAGGGUUUGUGUACUGAGAUGUAAUGCUUGGUGAUACAGAAACCACCCAAGUGAAGCAAGAUAAAAGAAAGGACUUCUUCAUGCAGUCCAGUUAAACUAUGGAACUCCCUGCCACAGGAGGCAGUGAUGGCCACCAACCUGGAUGGCUUUAAAGAGGAUUGCACCAAUUCAUGACGGAGGAGAGGGCUAUGGAUGUCUGCUAGCCAGGAUGCCCAUGCUCUGCCUCUGCAGCGAUGCCUUUGAAUACCAGUUGCGAGAAGCUGCAGGGAGAGGGCUUUUGUGCUUGCCAGUUUCCCACAGACGUCUGUCACUGUUGCACGGCCGCUACCACGAACUGGCACCAAACAUGGUACCUAUGGACUAUACGAAGAAUCCAGAUGUUAAACUACCUAUGCAGCUUAUAGUGAACAUGCCAGAGCUAAAGGAGAACCCCUUCCGGGAGAGGAUUGUCCACUCCUUUUCUGACGAUGACGAGGGAAGCCUCAGCUUCAAUGACUUUGUUGACAUGUUCUCUGUACUCAGCGAAACGGCCCCUCGAGAGCUAAAAGCAAUCUACGCCUUCAAGGUCUAUGAUUUUAACACAGACAACUUCAUUUGUAAAUCUGAUCUGGAAAAAACCCUCAACAAUUUGACAAAAGAAGAGCUGACGGAGGAAGAGGUGAGCCUGGUCUGCGAAAAAGUGAUCGAUGAAGCGGAUAUGGACGGUGAUGGCAAACUUGGAUUUUCUGAUUUUGAAAACAUGAUUUCCAAAGCACCUGAUUUUCUCAGGUACACGUAUAAGCAUUUGCAAUGCUCCCAGAAUUGAUUGACUUCCCCUCACCCACCAGUUUCUAUUCCCCCUUUUAUUCUCUUUGCAUAUAACUAUUUUUCUUCACUUAAUUUCAAAUUCAUUUUCACAUCCUAAUUUUACCUUUAGUUCAUAAAUGCUACAACCACCCUGCUAAUGUUUCAACAUUUUUACAGUGUUCUUUAAAAUACUCUAUAGUUUCCCCCCAUUCUUGAUUAAAUUUUCCUUCAUCUUGGUGCCUGAUCUUCACGGUUAAUUUUGCCAUUUCGGUAUAGUCUAUCAUCUUAGUCUUCCAUUCUUCUUUCAUUGGGACGUCCUCUUCUUUCCACUUCUGGGGAAGUAGCAUUCUGGCAGCUGUGGUUGCCUACAUAAAUAGUCUCUUUUGCUUCUUUGGCACUUCAUCUUCUAAUAUUUUUAAACAUUUUUUUCAUUUCAUUGUAUCAUUUCCCAGAAGCCUUUUACCUUUUUGCAUGUCCACCACAUAUGAAAAAACGUACCUUCUUUUUCUUUACAUUUCCAACAUAAGUUAGAUGAGUUUUUAUACAUCUUAGCAAGUUUUACAGGUGUUAAAUACCAUCUAUACAUCAUUUUCAUAUAGUUUUCUUUUAGCGAACUACAUGCCAUGAAUUUUAAAUUUUCUUUCCACAGCUUUCCCCAUGAUUCAAAUGGGAGCAGGCUUUCCUUUCAGGAUGGGAUGAGGGCAUUGCUUCUGUAGCGUUGUUUGCAGAUGUGUGGAGAGGAGGAGCAGAGCAUAAAGGAAGCACCUUCCAUAUACGAAUCUGAAAAUGUUGGGCUGAGCUGCUGGGAAUAAUUUGACGCCUGUCCUGCCUCUCUGAAUCUCAAGCACUGCAUGUGUUUGCAGGGGGAGGGGGCCUACAUGUCAGCCUCCUCCUCUGAAUUCUGUAACAGAGGAGUGAACAAAUCUCAGAGUUUCACAGUAACGAAGAGAAGAAGCUGUUUCUCUGGAAUGAACCUGUGGAUAUAUUUGGCUCCCCCCACCUUCACCGUUGGCCAGUGAUGGGGCAGGCAGAUGAAAAGUUGUGGGGUGGCCACAUUGUUUUAACCAGACCAGAUGCUGCUCUGUGUGUCUCCCUGCAAUUUUUAUAUUUGUAAAGAUUUGAUAUUGUUGUCCCUCCAAGCAAAAAGGAAAGAGCGAUCUAGCAGAGACUCCCAGAAGGUAAUGGAUAAACAUAAAAACCGGCCUUACAGGAGAUGUCUCCACCGUUGCGUAGCACCGUCUGUCCGGAGCUGUCACCUGACACAGAUGGAUGUGGCUGCAUCCGUGAUCAUGGAAGAUGGGUGUCCAUGCCCAGGGAGCCACUGCGCUGGCUUUAGGUGCUUAAGCAACCAGUAUUGUAUGGAUGCUCACAUCCUGAAGAAACUUGAAACAUUUAUCUUUUUUUUUUAAAAAAGUAAUGUAUUAGCAAACAAUUCUUCUUCAAAUGGACUCUUUUUGAAUCAUCUUGCUGGCAUCCAAUGAGGGUCUUAUUUAGUUUCAUAUUCAAUUCAAUAAUUCUGACAUAUUGCAAAACAACAACAACCACACACACAAGAUGAAGCCAAGAAUAUACUCAUGAAAAAGUAAAGAGGAAGUACAUCACCAAGAAUAAGGACAUCUCCUGCUUUUUAAAGAAAGCCAGCUAUGCAGUCUUCCUCCUCAAAUGCAUGGCAGCAACCCCUGACUCUUGGCUCUCAUACCCUCUCUACAAAACCAGCUUCCUUCCUUUUCUUUUCAUGCCCAGUCUUGGCUGAAAACUGGGGCAGGAUGACAAUCACACAUGUACAAUAACUGUUCUCUAACAGUCUUAUAGAAGGGCUCUGAUACAUAUUUGUGGCUUCUGUAUCCAAGUUGUCCAUGAUUAAACUACUACUGAUUUUA